UCCACGAGUCUCGCCACGAGCGUAUCUGACGAACUGAGCGCAUACAUCCCGCAUUCUAGGUCCAUCUCCCGCUUUAGGGACGCUCAUGGCGUAGCUGACUGGUGAGGAUGACAGGUCGGCGAAAACCCAACCCCUUGCUCCUAUUGACUGCGAAGAGGAUGAUGACAUGCAGAUGUUUCCGGGUAUGGGAAGGAAGAGGAGAAGUGGAACAAGAAAGCAGAACGAGAAGAACGAGAAGAUGAGAGAAGACAUAGAAACACUGUUGCGUGGUUGGAAAAGGGGAGGAGGCGUGGCUAAGAAGCAUACAGUCGACACUGUAGCGAAAAGUGGAUCCAUCACGACAAGCAAAGGAAGAAUGGGGAGAGUUACUACCAGUACGCCGAAGAAGCCUGGCUUUCUCAGCGGUAAAAGUCAAGGCGGACUUCCCACUUUACUUUCGGGUCAUGCUACGCUGAGAGGGGCACCUACGCUUCCGCAGCUCUUCCCAAAAGCACAGGCGACCGGGCUUCGCCAUUCCGCGACAUAUGGAAGCCCUGCACCUACAAAGCUCGCUUCGGAUAUUGGCCAGUCACCUAACACGCUGUACGCUGCGUUUUCUCAUACUGCUGCCGAAGCGAGUGCUGCGAAAGACACAUGGACCAACAAAUUUCAUUCACAAAUCUUAGAGCGCAUCGAGAGUGCUACACAUCAUCAACAACUCUCAACACCUGCCCGUUUCAUCCAGCAACCGCCCGAGCUCCCACCCAGCUCUUUCUCCUUCGCCUGUGAUGAAGAGGGAGAACUGGACGAGGGUGAGUCCGGGUACCACUCAUUUAUCGCGCCGGUGCAGGACAGCUGGCAGGAUAAACUUCAAGGAGCAGUGAAUGAACGAAUUGAGACGGAGGCUAGCGAGUGGAUCCAAGGCGGGGGUCAUGGAGGGAGGGGUCAGGAGGAAGAACCAGUGUUGGAGAGUUUGUGGUUUGAGCCGGAGGUUGAGGAGGAGAACCCGUUUGCACGUACACACGCGAUGGAUUUGGAAAAUCGGUUGGGAUCGGAACAAGGAUUUGCAGCAAUGGUCCGGAUGGAAGAAGAUGUAGCGGGGAGGGCAAUGGACUAUCAGGAGAUCGAUGAGGGCUUUGAACAGGGAUUCUGGCAGAGGAGAAUGGAGCCGUAGAGAAAGGAAGGCAUAUCAGAUACACGAGUGGGCAGC